AUGCCUUCAGAUGAAGCCUGAGAAAGGAAGAAAGAAGGCGGUGAAAAAGGAACCUCCUCUAUAUCACUUUAAUUGCCAAGCCAAGAAAUCAGGUUUGGACAGCAGCCUGAAAGCCCCCAUCCACUGGACAACAUUGUUGGGUUCUGUCUUGUCUUCCGAUUAGCAUUACUUCAUUAUCUUCCUUCCUGUCAGGGCUGUGUUGACGUCCACCUAAGUUUAGUCCUCCAUUGGAUAAGGAGAAGCUGACUCUGACAAGUGAGAGGAAAUUCAUGGAACCGAUAAAAAAACCCACCAUAUGGGAGGCUACGAGAUCAGGAUGCAUCUGCUCCACAAGUUUUGGAUGGCCUAUGGGGUCCAACUUAUGUGCUAAUCCUCAUGAGCUUUUGCUCCCAACCAUCUCAAUGUUGGGUUGCUGAAAUUGACACAAGUACAUACAUUUGGGGUCUCAUCAUGGGUAAGAAGAAAAUUCUUGUUAAAAAAGCAAAGAGAGAUAGGCUGAGUGAUCUUUCCUCUGAUAUUCUCAAUAUGAUUCUUCUAAAACUACCACUUAAGGAAUCAAUCAAAACCAGCAUCUUAUCGAAAAAGUGGAGAUGUAAAUGGUGUUGUCUUUCAGAGUUUGCAUUAGAAGUGGGCACUGAUGCUAAGGCCAAGUUAUUGUGUAUCAAUACCUACUUCAUCGUGACGAUGCUAUUGUCAAGUUCAAAUUCUUAGAUUUGUGCAAUAUUUACAUGCGUGAAGACUUGCUUACUUGGAUUCAUUUUCUAUCAACAAAAGGUGUGAAGGACUUUGUUCUUGAGAAUUGGUGUGGUUGUUGUGGUGAAUUGCCUCUUUCCUUGUUUGCUUUUAAACAACUGCAUUACUUGGAGCUUCAUUACUGUAACAUCAAAGUUCCGAGCUCGUUCCAAGGGUUUGGUUGUCUUAGUAGCUUGAUCCUCAAGCGUGUCUCUAUUAAUGGUGAGGAGCUUGAAACUUUAAUUCAGAAAUGCUGUGCUCUAGAAAGAUUAAGGUUUGAGGAUGCAAAAAGCCUAACAUUUGUUGAUUAUUCCUAUAAAUGUAAUGAUCCAGAGAUUGGACCCAAUUUGCUUGCUGCACUAUGUGGUCUGCCACAUCUCGAGAGUCUUACUUUUCGUAAUGCAUAUGAUGCAUUCUUCCCUAUAAACGAAAAUGUGGUGCUUCCUAUGAAUCAUCUGUCUGUCCUCCACCUAUAUCCGCGCUUAGUUUUGGAUGAGGAAGAGCAGAUGAGAGUUUUUCUUUUUAUAAUUAAGCAGUUCCCAAACUUGAAGAAGCUCAAUUUCUCUCUGAGUUUCCAAAAAAGACAUUUUCUGUUCAAUUCAGAUGUUCAUAUGUAUUGUUGCUUUGACUUUGAAUUUGUUGAUGAAUGUCAGGUUUUCCAUUCUAAUGAUCCAAGUAUGGAUCUUUUAGAGGUUCUGGAACCACUGCGCUUAAACAAGCUUGAAGCAAUUAGUGUGGACUAUGAUUCUCAUAUCCGAGUUUUAGCCAAAUUUUUGUGGCAGCUGAUAACUGUUAAUUCACCUUUUCUUGAAACUUUGGAGAUCACAAAACGUGUUCCGCUGGGGAGCAAGAUUAAUGAAAAUGGAAAUACAACUCGAUUUCAUAAGAGACUUGACAAAGUAUUUCAUAAGCUGAAGGAAGUUUCGCCCCAGUUGAAGAUCAUGCACAAAGCAAGACAUGAGUUUUCAGCUACUGGUAAACUAUUAAGUGCUAAUCUUUGCUUGGAUGAUCCAUCUGUGAUUAAUCGAAAGAUGAUGUUUUCAGCUCUUAGUGAUCUGAUGUCUGAUCUUGUUUGUCCUACUCCUAUUGAAAUUUUCAAGGCUUUCGACCUGAAAGAUGAAAAGUCGAUGUUUUCUCUGAAACAUGCUCACCGAUCUACAGUCUGUCUAGAUGGUCCCUUGAAUUUGAAUGAUAUAAACGAAGUCAGAGUUUUCCUUUCUAUACUUAGGGGAUUCCCAAAAUUGAAGGAGCUCCAAUUCUCAGUUAGCCGUUGUUUUGAGUCUCCUGACAGCUACAAGUUUCUGGAGGACCUACAACUAUUUAACUUCAACAAACUUCAAGUUGUCUUUCUAAAAGGUAAUGGCAUGUGGGAAUCUAUAGAAGAUGGGUUUCAUCCUCCUAUGCUACCAAACAAUCCAACUGUAGCCCAGAUGAAGCAACAUGCUGACUUCUCAUACAAAGCCUCAUACAAAGCCUUCUCAUAUAUUCAUAGUGCUGUAACAGAUGAUAUUUUCUCAAGGAUCAUGGGAGCAGAAAUAGCACAAGAAGCCUGGGAUACUCCUAAGAAAGAGUUUGAUGGCAAUUCUCGGGUUAAAGAUAAAUUUGAGUCCAAGAUUUCUGCCAUAGAAGAAUCUUGUGACCUCAAAGAGCUAACCAUCAUUGAGCUCAUAAGCAAGCUUCAAGCUCAUGAGCAAAGGCUGGUUAUGAAAACUGAAGAAACUACAGAAGGAGCCUUCCUUGCAAGGCAAAAAGGCAAACAACCAGCCACUAGUUCUGAAAGCAAUAGACCAUGGGUUCUAACCAAGCAUAUCAACAGCAUCAACAAAGUAGAAAAGGGAGUAGCUAAAAGAGGAAAAUUAGAUGAGACGACAGAAAUUGGGAUCUUUAUAGGCUAUGCAACACAAGCAAAAGGCUAUAAGGUGUAUGAUCCUAUAUCCAAGAAGGUGAAUGUGCAUAAAGAUGUUGUUUUUGAUGAGAGCGCACACUGGAAUUGGGAUGCAGGGAAGAUAGAAAAAGGUUCAAAUAAGCAGCGUGAAGCUAGUUCAAAUGUUGUUUCCAGUUUUGAAAUUACAAAAGUUGAUGAUGAUUCAUUGGUUUCGAAAACCAAGUCACUAGCUGAGAUUUAUACAAGAUAUGGUUCUAUACACAAACAUAAGGCCAGACUUGUUGUGAAGGGGUAUGCUCAACAGUCAGGGGUUGAUUAUGGAGAGACUUAUGCUCCGAUGGCGAGACAUGAUAUAGUAAGGCUUCUAAUUACAUUAGCUGCUAAUUUGGGUUGGAAGUUGUCUCAUAUGGAUGUAAAAUUAGCUUUCCUUAAUGGUGUUCUGCAAGAGGAAAUUUAUGUUGAACAACCACUUGGGUUUGAGAUUACAAGGAAGGAAGAUUGUGUUUAUAAGCUUAACAAGGCUUUAAAGUAUGCACUGGAUAUCUUGAAGAAGUUUGAAAUGGAGAACUGUAAACCAGUUGCCACUCCACUCGUUCAAAAUGAAAAGCUUUCCAAGGAUGAUCAAGAAACCAAGGUUGACUCCCCUUACUACCGAAGUUUAAUUGGUAGCCUGCUUUAUUUAACUGCUACAAGACCCGAUUUGAUGUUUGCAGCAAGCUAUUUGUCAAGGUUUAUGUCAGCUCCUAGUAAACUUCAUUUAGUUGCAACCAAGAGAGUUCUUAGGUACAUCAAAGGAACCUAUGAACUUGGCUUGUGGUUUGACAGUAAUCAACAAGGAAGGUUACAGGGGUAUGCUGAUAAUGAUUGGGCAGGUUCUAUGGAGGGUAUGAUAAGCACAACAUGUUAUGUGUUCUCCUAUGGUUCAGGGAGUUUUUCUUGGAAUGCAAAGAAGCAAGAUAUCGUAGCUCAGUCCACAGCUGAGGCCGAGUAUUUAGCAGUUGGAGCAGCAGCUAAUCAUGUUGUUUGGCUUAGAAUGGUGCUUGAAGAACUUGGUUUUGAUCAAAUUGAGCCUUGUGUACUCAAGGUAGAUAACAUGUCAGCAAUUGCUAUUGCUCAAAAUCCAGUGCAGCAUGGCAAGACCAAACACAUCAAGAUUAAAUACCAUGUUAUCAGAAAUUAUGUUCGGGACAAAGAAAUUAUUUUGCAGCAUUGUGAUUCUGAAGUUCAAGUUGCAGAUAUCCUAACUAAAGCUCUUCCAAGGCAGAAAUUUGAAAAGUUCAAAGAUAUGCUUGGAGUUACAAAUAUAAAAAGCAAGAAGGAGUGUUGAAUAUAUCAAUUAACAACAGUUAUGCGUUUUUAAUUUGUAACUGUUUUUUUAGUUUUCUGCAGUUAGUUCUACAAGUUAGCUGCAUUAGGAGUAGUUAUUUUUAUCCUUUAUGCAGAAACUAUAAUGUAUAAGUUGCAUAUAUUCAGCAACUCCUUUUGUAUGUCAAUUAUCAAUUUGAAAUGAAACAGAGCUCCACAU